AUGCCGCACCAUGGCGCGGUGCAAGUUUAUAGAGGCCGAACGGUGGAAGUAUCAACCUGCACCAAAUAUUUUCUAUUCGGCUUCAACACUCUAUUCUGGCUCGUUGGCCUAGCUCUUCUCGUUAUUGGCUUCUGGGCGUGGACGGAAAAAGGUUUCUUCGACAACAUUAGUGAAGUAUCCGACAUUCCCUUCGACCCAGUCGUCCUCAUCAUUUCCAUCGGCAUCAUUAUGUUUACCCUUUCUUUUACGGGCUGUGUCGGCUCGCUCCGAGAAAAUAUCUGCCUUCUCAAAUUCUUUUCCACGAUUUUGGGGAUGAUCUUUUUCGGAGAACUGGUCUGUGCCAUCCUCACAUUUGUCUACAAAGACUGGUUCAACCAAAAGUUCAAUGACUUCAUGGAAACGACGAUUAUCAAGUACCGCGAUGAUCCAGAUCUCCAGAAUAUCAUUGACUUCGGCCAAAGAAAGCUUCAAUGCUGUGGGGGUGUUCAGGGCGCACAAGACUGGGAGAGCAACAUUUACUUCAAUUGCUCAUCAAGCAUCGAGCUCAACGGCAUCGACUAUCGCCCGGUCGAGUCGUGCGGUGUUCCCUUCUCCUGCUGCGCGCAUGGUGACAUCAAUUACGACGAAAUUACGAAUACGCAGUGCGGCUAUGGCGUUCGCAGUAAGAAGGAAGCCGACUGGGGCGAAGACAUCUGGACUGAUGGGUGCAUUGAAAAAUUCGAGCAGUUUCUGAGGAGAGAAGUUUACCUAGUCGCGGGCUUAUUUAUUGGCGUCGCUCUCUUACAGAUUGUGCCGAUCUGCUUCGCGCAAAACAUGAUAUCCGACAUUGAAACCAUCAAAGCAAGCUGGCAUCGUUGA